AUGAGUGCAGCAAAGUCCCCUCAGCCGUCCCUUUUCCAGGUGUACCUCCGCCUCCGCCCGCCCAUCUCGCAACAGCAGGAUGAACACGUUGAAAGGUGCCUGACAAUCGAUGUCCCGGAGGCAGCCAAUCCAGUUGCAGAGAAUGGUGAUGGGUCUAGGCCAGCUGGUCCCACUCAAAUCAUUCUUCAGCCUCCGAGUGAUGUUCGCAAACGUGCUGUCGAGAAAUUCGGCUUCACCAAAGUCUUUGAGGAAUCGGCGUCUCAACUGAACGUCUUUGAAGAUACCGGACUGGAGUCUAUUAUCAGAGGCGUCCUGUCGGAGGGAAGAGAUGGUCUCAUAGCUACACUGGGUGUGACAGGAAGUGGAAAGAGUCACACAAUUCUUGGAUCCAAGACCCAGAAAGGUCUUACCCAAAUGAGUCUCGAUGUGAUCUUCAAGUCCCUGGAAUCAACAAUCAAGCCGCCCGACAAUUCAAUCAACCCCAUCCUCCUCUCGACCGUCUCCGCAUCGGACCCCUGUGAAUCCCAGAUGUUCACGGCACAGUCGUUCCUGGAAGCCGUGUACGGUGACCCCGCCGAUCGUGGCAGGAAUUCUCGAGCCCAGACUCCAAUGAGCACCGGCAGAGCUAAUACACCUAUGGCGGUAUGCUGCCCAUUUCCCCAAACCCCCUCACGCAGGACCCAGACGCUGCGGCCUCGCAUCCCCAGAACUCCAACCGACAGCCCCAAUGUGCCCUUGAGUCCAGCAUAUUUUGGUACCCCAAGACGCAACGGCUCCCCUAUCAAGAGGGAUGCAUGGGUACCUGCUCGUCCCCUUACAGCCUUUUCCAAUACACGCUCUCAGGUCCCCAGUAUGAACUAUGCUAAACCAUCACGUCCCACUCUAAAGGAACCCACGCCAGCGAUUAUCUUCCCUCGCCGAAAUAUGCCCCAACGUCCCAAUGCCUUGCCACGAACUCCGGAUGUCAGCCACCUCACCGUGGAUCUGAACCCUCAUUCGGAAUACAUCGUUUUGGUGUCGAUGUACGAAGUUUACAAUGACCGCAUCUUCGACCUCUUGUCGCCAGCUGUCGUUCCUGGACAAGGAAGCACCAUGUCACGCCAAGGCGGAAAUGCGCAGAAAGACCGCAGAAGGCCCCUAUUCUUCAAGUCCACCGAAGGAUCGCCUGACAGAAAGGUUGUCGCAGGUCUGCGCAAAAUUGCCUGCGCUACCUAUGAAGAGGCGCUGGCCAUCUUGGAUAUCGGUCUGACCGAGCGUAAGGUCACGGGGACUGGCGCUAACAGCGUCAGCUCGCGCAGUCACGGAUUCUUCUGUCUUGAAGUCAAGAGAAGAAUGCGCAACAAGAGAACCGGCGAAGAGACCUGGAUUGGAAACACUCUCACGGUAGCGGAUCUUGCUGGUUCGGAGCGUGCUAGAACCGCAAAGACCGCUGGAUCGACUCUUGCUGAAGCGGGUAAGAUCAAUGAAAGUUUGAUGUAUCUCGGUCAGUGCUUGCAGAUGCAGAGCGAUAUGCAGGACAAAAACAAGACUGCGUUGGUGCCAUUUAGACAGUGCAAGCUUACCGAGCUGUUAUUCUCCAACUCUUUCCCGUCCAACCAAGCAUCGGGACCGACCCGUCAUCCUCAGAAGGCCAUCAUGGUAGUGACUGCCGACCCUCUGGGAGACUACAACGCCACGUCACAAAUACUACGGUAUUCCGCCCUGGCUCGGGAAGUCGCGGUGCCCCGAGUCCCGUCUAUCUCCGAGUCUGUGUGUUCCAGCUCCGUCGAAUCAUACAGGCCAUCCGUCAGUGGACGCAAUUCGCCCAACAUGGCCACCAACGAAGAACUUGAAAGCGCCCUGGCAGAGAUCGCUCGUCUCACGAAAGAGAACAGCAACCUUACCAUGAAACUCGGCGAGGAAGAAAUCAUGCGAUCCGAGUUGGAGACGAGGCUGAGCGCUAGCGAAGAGCAGUGCCUCGAGAUCGAACAAGAGGUGCGCGAAGAGUGCUGGGCCGAAAUGGACCAGAGAAUGGAAGAGGAGAGAAGAAGGUGGCAGACUGCCCUGGAAGAACAGGCCGACCACAACGACGAGCACAUCGACAAGAAGAUUGAGCUCCUAUCGCGAGGCUUCCAAAUCCACGAAGACCCGCCAUCCUCCCGAAACGACCGCACCGAAGAGCUCGAAUACGAGAAUGAGCGUCUUCGCAUCAAGAUCGCUGCCCUCGAGCGCGAACUCACCAGCCAAUCCCCGACCAAGAAGUCCAAGGCCAAGAAGCCCCUCGAAUCCACCCGCACCAAUGCGCUAGGCCGUGAAAGCGAUAUUGACCAUGCCCUGAAGCGAAUGGAUCAACUGAAGCUGGCUGAUAGCAUGUUCUCGCCUGCACCGGCAUCCACAGGAUCUCCGGGCAAGAAGCAGAGAAAGAUGGCGACGCGGAGAUGGGACUUGGCUCCGGAAGAGGAGAUUUAA